GCCCGGCAGCACAUGUGUUUCUGUUUUGUGUUGUAGCAUUUGUUCUGGGAGCUCGUAUUUACAUUUUAAGUGUUUCUGGUGAGUGGGCUGGAGCCCUCGUCUGGGCCGGAAAGAGAAAGGAGCCCUGCGGCCCGUCCUGUAGUUCCUCCUCGCCUCCCUCCGCUCCCGCUUCGCUCCACCCCCACCAGCCGCGACCAUGCCCAGGAAGAAGGCGGCGGCGGCGGCGGCCUGGGAGGAGCCGAGCUCCGGCAACGGCACGGCCCGCGCGGGGCCCAGGAAGCGCGGCGGCCCGGCGGGCAGGAAGCGCGAGCGGCCCGAGCGCUGCAGCAGUAGCAGCGGCGGCGGCAGCAGCGGCGACGAGGACGGCCUGGAGCUCGACGGGGCCCCCGGCGGCGGCAAGCGCGCGGCCCGGCCGGCGGCGGCGGGCAAGGCGGGCGGCGCGGCGGUGAUCAUCACGGAGCCGGAGCACACCAAGGAGCGCGUCAAACUCGAAGGGUCUAAGUGCAAAGGGCAGCUGCUGAUUUUUGGGGCAACCAACUGGGACUUGAUCGGUCGGAAGGAAGUGCCUAAACAGCAAGCUGCGUACCGCAAUCUCGGUCAGAACCUGUGGGGUCCCCACAGGUAUGGGUGCCUGUCGGGGGUCCGCGUGCGGACCGUGGUCUCGGGUUCCUGCGCAGCCCACAGCCUCCUCAUCACCACGGAAGGGAAGCUGUGGAGCUGGGGUCGCAAUGAGAAGGGGCAGCUGGGCCACGGCGACACCAAGAGGGUGGAAGCUCCCAGACUCAUCGAGGCCCUCAGCCAGGAGGUGAUUGUGCUGGCGGCGUGUGGGCGCAACCACACCUUGGCACUGACUGAAACGGGCUCCGUGUUUGCUUUUGGGGAGAACAAGAUGGGGCAGCUGGGCCUCGGCAACCAGACAGACGCCGUCCCCAGUCCUGCACAGAUAAUGUACAACGGCCAGCCAAUUACCAAGAUGGCCUGUGGGGCUGAAUUCAGUAUGAUAAUGGACUGCAAAGGAAAUCUCUAUUCCUUCGGGUGCCCUGAGUUUGGCCAGCUGGGACACAACUCGGACGGGAAGUUUAUCGCCCGGGCGCAGCGGAUAGAGUAUGACUGCGAGCUGGUGCCCCGGCGGGUGGCCAUCUUCAUCGAGAAGACGAAGGACGGGCAGAUCCUGCCCGUCCCCAACGUGGUGGUGCGGGACGUGGCCUGCGGCGCCAACCACACGCUGGUACUGGACUCGCAGAAGCGCGUCUUCUCCUGGGGCUUCGGUGGCUAUGGCCGGCUGGGCCACGCGGAGCAGAAGGACGAGAUGGUGCCUCGCCUGGUGAAGUUGUUCGACUUCCCCGGGAGAGGGGCGUGCCAGAUCUACGCCGGCUACACCUGCUCGUUUGCCGUCAGCGAAGUGGGCGGGCUGUUUUUCUGGGGGGCCACCAACACCUCCCGGGAGUCCACCAUGUACCCGAAAGCAGUCCAGGACCUCUGCGGCUGGAGGAUCCGGAGCCUGGCCUGCGGGAAGAGCAGCAUCAUCGUGGCAGCAGACGAGAGCACCAUCAGCUGGGGUCCAUCACCGACCUUCGGGGAACUGGGCUACGGGGACCAUAAGCCCAAGUCUUCCACGGCAGCCCAGGAGGUGAAGACUCUGGACGGCAUCUUCUCAGAGCAGGUGGCCAUGGGCUACUCGCACUCCUUGGUGAUCGCACGGGACGAGAGUGAGACAGAGAAGGAGAAGCUCAAGAGGCUGCCGGAGUACAACCCGCGCACCCUCUGAGGGCGCCCCCUCGCGGCAGCUCAUUCCAAGUGCACUGGGACCGGAAGUCCAACCGAGUUUAGGAAGCAGACGUUGACCGAAGGUGCAUUUUGUUAAGACUCCCCAAGGUUCUGUUUUCUACGAGAUUCAACGUCAACUACCUUUUUCUGUAUGCUUUCCAAAGUGGUUUUUCCCCCCUCAAUGUUUAAUUAAAAUAUUUGCUCAUAGUUGACUUACCAUUCCUACAUACGAGGCAGAGACUUUGAGCAGUUGAAGUUUUUUAAGUGGCAUUUCUUUUCUCCCUCACCUAAAUCUGCUCGCCCCCACCUCCCAUUCCAGCUGUAAGUAGCAUUGUGAUCUGAGGGGGCCACGCAGGACAGGAGAGGCUGGCCCUGGUGGCCGGUCCCCUCCGCAGCCACCUGCGUGCUGUGGAGCACCCGGGUCUCCUGCCUGCUCUCCCUCAGCCCGGACCCGCCAGCGCUGUCCCAGCCUCCUUUCCUGGCUGCUUGUGCACCCCACCGCCUCUGGUCUCAAAGUCAGCCCUGUCCUGUCCCCCCUGGUGGGGGCGCUGAGGUUCGUUUGUGACCAUUUUUAUCAACUUCAGCUGUAAGAUAAGUCCAGAUGAGAAUCAGGCGAUCGGGGGAGGUGGGGGCAGCGGUGGGGAACAUUUGUAUCUGGGAAGGGGGCUCUGGCUUUCUGGCUUUGUGGCUAUCUGUCAAGUCCCUGCCUGGCCACCAGCGGGAGCUCCUUAGAGAUGGACCAGCCAGCUGCCAGUGCUCCGGCCGCCUGACGCAGACCAGCCUGUUGCCUCUGUCCCCACUGCCUCCGGUGCAGCCUGCCUGGGACCCCCGCCCUGCGCUCUCCAUGUUUGGGGCUCCAGAAGAAGUGCCCUGCUCUGUGGCUGAGACUGCCGCCCGCAUCCCUGACCCGUGUCCUGCCCAAGCCGGGCCCCCAGACGGUGUGGCGUGAGUGACGAGGUGCCUUCCCCAGAACCCGAGCAAGGCGGCAGCGCGGCUGGGCUCUCGGUUCCCAGGGCUCUGGACUGGUUUGGGUGCUUUAAGUAGAUUUUAGUGCCGUGGUGCUUCUGGGGCCGGGGGUGGGGGAAGGCAGGGCCUAGUGUGAGACUGGGGGGAUGGGAACAUGACAUACUGGUUUUCAGCAUUUGUUUUUGCUUUGCUGUUGUUUCCACUUGUCAUUGUCGCGAAGUUAAAAUGCCAAAAAUGAUCUGUCUGGUGGAUUGCUUUUCUCCUGCCCUCCUGCCCAUCACUCCAUAGUGGCUUUUGUCCUGCUGGGCGUGUGACAGUACCGCCAGUCCCAUGGCCUCCUGUCUUAGAUGGGGUGUGAGGCUUACAUUCACGCCUGUCCCUGCUCCACCUGCCCUGCUAGCAGCACGGGGCGUGGACAGCACGGGGCGUGGACAGCACGGGGCGUGGACAGCACAGGGCGUGGACAGCACAGGGCGUGGACAGCACAGGGCGUGGACAGCACAGGACGUGGGCUUCCGCAGCUCAGCUUCUGUCAAACUGACCUCUGUCCAGGCUGCCCCCACCCCACUUGAGCCUCAAGUGUGCAGGACCCGGGCUCUCCCCACGCAGCAGCUGCACCCUGCAGGUCACCUCCAGCUCGGGUCACAGCCCAGGAGCUGCCCUGGGCUGAGGGGGCUCGGGUCUGGGGGACACAACUGAAUCCAACAGUCCAGCCGUCACUGGCGGGUCCUGCGCCCUCCUCUGUACCCCACCCCCAGGCAUAGAGAUAUAACAUGAUUUCCACGUGGAGAAAAUGCUUGAGAAUAGGAGUUGGGGUUCCCACACCCCCAGAGGACCCACUGGGAAUGUGCUCUCUGGGUCUGGAAAGGAGGGUCUUGGGAAGAGCAGAGGGUGAAGGGGAAUGAAAAGGGCCCUGGGAUUUGGCUGAAGGUGCCUGGUUUAGUGUUGUUAAUUGUCUUAUUUUUUUUUAUAUAUAUAUUUCUUGGAGUAAACAUUUUAAAUAAACUGCAUCAUUGUU